AGAAACAAUGACAUCUGCAAAGCUCGUCCUCUGUCUGACCUGGUUGCUCUUUGGGCAAAUGGCUAAAAUCGUCUCACCUGUUUGCCAAGAGAACACAUUUAAGUCCAUUAAGAGUGGAGAAAACUUGACCUUGCCAUGUCCAUAUGAAAGCCGUGCUGCUGCAAGGAUUCACUGGUAUAAGCAAACUUUGGGACAGAAACCAAGGCUCAUCUCAACCAUCGACGUGAAUGGCACAAAUCCUGUGAACUACAAUGAGUUCGAAAAGGAUCCACGCUUUACAGUGGAUACGCGAAAUGACACAUAUCCCUUGAUUGUCACAAAUGUGACAAUUUCAGACUCUGCUACUUACUACUGUGCAACCAGCGCAACUAGAGACGCUUUAGUCCUGACUUUUGAAAAAGGGACCGUCGUCGCGGUAUGGCAGGGAGGUUUGAACUCUUCAGUCCAGCCAACACCUGACACCACCCAACUGAAAUGUUCUGUGACCGUGAGCUGUGGAGGAAACGCCGGGCUCUGUGAUGGAGAACACAGUGUUUACUGGUUUGAAGUCUCUGGAGGAUACCAUCCAAGAGUCAUUUACUCUCACACAGGCAGGAAUGAUCAGUGUGAGAGGAAAAACAGCACGAAAGCAUACACCUGCGUCUACACUUUGCCAAUGAAGAGCCUCAAUCUGCCUCAUAAUGGGACCUACUACUGCGCUGUGGCUUCGUAUGGAUGCAUGGUGUUUGGAGACAGGAUUGAGCUGGACAUAGAGGAAGAGGUGAACUUUCUUGUCUUGGUGCACGUCCUGAGCGGAGCCCUGGCAUUCGCCACAUUUCUGGUUCUUCUACUGGCGUUCUUAAUGUGCCUGAUCGCCAAGAGAACCUGCUGCGCAUGCGCAGAUUCAGAUUCAAGAAUUUCACCCCCUUCCACAACAAAUGCAGAGGGCGAGCAAAAUGAAGAAGACGUCCAUUACGCAGCUUUGAGGCACCACAACAUUAAAAGAUCGAGAAGACAGAGAAACGAUGUAGAGACUGAAUGUGUGUAUUCCAGUAUAAAGCAGUAGAACAGAGGUGUCUUUAUUUUUCAAUGGAGAGCUGUGGAGACCUAUGCAGAGCUGUUUCAGGCCAAUAACUAUGGGUAAAAUAUGCUUGACACACGGUUGUUCUUUAAGAGACAGAUAGCCCGUAUAACAGCUUUCUAUUUAAGAGCUAGCAUUGAUUUUCUUAUAAAAAGAGUUGGCAGUAGUUUUGGAUUGCUUCAUAGUGAGGGCGAUGGGUGGGGUUUAUAUUUUGAGGUUGUCAUAUAAGUAAUUUUACAAAUCACAUAUGUGUAUACAAACUUGUGCCCGCUGUGUUGUAUAAAAUAUAUAUUUUUUUGCAGUUAGGCUAAAAUGCUUACCAAUUUUGGCGUAUUUUAACAGAAUUUUGUGUCAGUUGUUGCUUUACUUUGCCUAUUGGUUUGAUAAAGGAAUGCUUACAGUUUCAA